AUGCGCAAUCAACUGUCGCUCGCCGUGACGUUCGCGGCUCUCGCCUCGGCCUGCCAGCGAGAUCUCCUCCUCAGCCCAAGACACACGCACCGCAAAGCCAUCACCAAGCGCGCCGACGACCAAUGGCCUCCCGUACUCUCAGAGCAUGAGACGAUCCUCGUCAACUCCUUCGACAAUGUCACCAUUGACGAAUGGUCCGACUACUACGGCCACGAAGUCAAGCUCGCCGGUCUCGGCAAGAACGCGGCCCAGUGGACGGCAGACCAGUGGACCAAGAACGGCUUCGACGCGCAUCUCAAUGAAUACCACGUCUACCUCAGUUAUCCGGUUCACUCGUCGCUGCAAAUUACCUAUGCCAAUGGCUCGACGGAGGAUGUCAGGUUGGAUGAGGAUGUGCUCGAGGAAGAUGAUGUGACUGGGCGUGAAGACAAUCAGCCUACCUUCCACGGGUACUCGGCCUCGGGUAAUGUGACUGGUGAAUACGUUUAUGUUGGACGAGGCUCUCAAGCCGAUUAUGAACGCCUGGUCGAACUCGGCGUCGAACUCGAGGGAAAGAUUGCCUUGGCCAGAUACGGCGGUCUAUUCCGAGGCCUCAAGGUCAAGAACGCGCAGGACCAUGGCAUGAUUGGGGCCGUUAUCUUCACCGACCCGGCCGAUGACGGUAACUACACCGUCGCAAACGGCUACGAGGCAUACCCCAAUGGUCCUGCCAGGAACCCAAGUUCAGUCCAGAAAGGCUCCGUUCUCUUCCUCUCCACGAACCCCGGUGACCCAACCACCCCGGGAUACGCCUCCCACGAGGGUGUCGACCGGGCAUCCAUCGACAAUGUCACGCCGAAGAUCCCCUCCAUUCCUAUCUCUUACGCCUCUGCGGAGCCUCUGCUGAAGGCUCUCAACGGCUUUGGGCCCACUGCCGACGAGGUCAACCGCACCAUCUGGGCCGGCAGCCUGGACGCCGACUACAGCGCCGGUCCGGCCCCCGGCGUUACAUUGCACUUGGACAACCUCAGCGAGGGCAAGAUCACACCCAUUUGGAACGUCAUUGGUCAAAUCAAUGGCACUAAUACCGAUGAGACUGUUGUUAUUGGUAACCACCGCGACACCUGGAUGAUUGGCGGCAACGGAGACCCCAACUCCGGCUCUGCUAUCCUGGUAGAGUUUACCAAGGCCGUCGCCGUCCUUCGAGAGAAGGGCUGGGUCCCGAGACGGAAUAUUGUCAUUGCCUCUUGGGAUGCUGAGGAGUACGGCCUGGUAGGCAGCACUGAAUGGGUCGAGGACAACGUCAACUGGCUAACCGAGACGGCCGUCGCGUAUCUCAACUGCGACGUGGGCGUCUCCGGCCCGCGACCCAACCUUGCGACGACUCCCGAGCUUCAUACCCUUGCUACCGACACUUUCAAGAAGGUCGUCUACCCAAACUUUGGUGGCUUCAACAUCAGUCUGUACGAUGCGUGGGAGGAAGCUUCAGGCGGCCUCGUGGAGCCCCUCGGCAGCGGAAGCGAUUACACGGCCUUCCUCCACAAAGGUAUCAGCUCGUUGGACGUCGGCUCUGGAGGCGGCGCCGCUGAUCCGGUUUGGCAUUACCACUCGAACUACGACACGUACCACUGGAUGGCGACCUUUGGCGACCCGGGCUUCCACCAGCACGCUGCAAUCGGCCAGUACCUCGCGCUCGUGGCGUUCCAUCUCGCCGACGACGAGGUUCUGCCCAUUGACCUGCCUAACUACGCAAAGGAGCUACAGUCAUACUACGAAGAUCUUUCGGAGUAUGUUGAGUCUGAGGGCGAGGAACUUGAUCUCUUUGAGCUCUCAGAUGCCAUCGAGGAGUUCACCACCCGCGCAGCCGAGGUGAAGGCUUUGGAGCAACUGGCCGUCACCACGGAUGAUAAAGACCUGAUUACGGUUGUGAAUCACAAGUAUCGUGACUUCCAGAGGGGGUUCAUCAGCCAAGGCGGCCUGCCGAACCGUGAGUUCUACAAGCACGUCGUGACUGCGCCUGGCCUUGACACUGGCUAUGCAGCUGUCCUAUUUCCCGGAAUCACUGAAGGUAUUCAGUACGGCAAUGGCAAUCUGACUAUUGCGGAAGAGUGGGUGUCAAAGACAGCACGUGGUAUCCUCCGAGCUGCCGAGAUUAUCAAGACGUGA